AUGCAAGGUCUAGGGCUGGCUCUGCUGCUGGCGGCUGCGUCGUGGGCCCUGCUGCAGGCCAAGGACCCGCUGAAAGCUGUAAUUCAGAAUCUGAAGAGCAUACUAAAUUCAUUCAUCCAUAAUAAAAAAUAUAUGGCUGCACUAGAAUCUAAAUUGGCUUGGCUAGGGUCUACCCUUCCCCCUCCUUUCAAAGAAGAGAUCGAAGGCAUUGCUUCCGCUUCUGAAAAUACUUUAGGUGAUAUUGUUGUAUUCAAUAUCUUCUAUGAAAUCUUCACAGUGUGUACCUCAAUCGUAGCAGAGGACAAAACAGGAAAGCUGUACCAUGCCAGAAAUCUUGACUUUGGGCUGUUUCUUGGGUGGGAUGUAAAAAAUAGUUCCUGGUCUGUAACAAAGGAAUUAAAGCCACUAAUGGUGUCGCUGGAAUUUCAGAGGAACAAUAAGACAGUAUUUAAAUCUGCAAAUCUUGCAGGCUACGUGGGAAUGGUAUCUGGACUGAAACCUGGUGCCUUUUCUCUAACCAUGAAUGAGCGCUUCAGUCUUGAUGGAGGUUACAUUGGACUCUUUGAGUGGAUAAUGGGUCAGAGAGAUGGUUGGUGGAUGAGUUUCCUCACUAGAAGUGUGCUGGAAAAUGGUACAAGUUAUGAAGAUGCAAAGGACAAACUGAGUAAUUCAAAACUGCUGGCACCAGCUUAUUUCAUAUUGGGAGGCAAUAAAUCAGGAGAAGGUUGUAUUAUUACACGUACUCGAAGUGCUGUCUUAGAUAUUUGGCCCUUGAACAUAGAAAAAGGUACCUGGUAUUUGGUGGAAACCAAUUAUGAUCGCUGGAAGGAUCCAUUUGUUCUGGAUAAUCGGAGAGACCCUGCAAUGAAAUGCUUGAACCAAACAAUGCAAGAGAACAUCUCAUUAUCAACUAUUUACAAUGUUCUUUCGACAAAGCCUGUCCUCAACAAGCUGACUGUGUCAACAACACUACUGGAAGUUUCUGAUGGACAUGUGGAAACUUAUCUGAGGGGUUGUCCUGAUCCUUGUAGUCCUUGGUGAGGGCUGCACUUGUCUGUGGAAUCAGAUUAGUGUGAGAUGUACUUUCUCUGGGGGAAGUGGGGGAAGAGAGAAGCUUAGACUGCUGAGGGUUAGGAGAUGGGCUUCUAGGCCUGCUUGCACUUCACACCAAAAAUUGACCCUUAAUUGACAUCCUACUUUGAACUGUCUGCUUGUUUGUGUGUAUAAAACUAAAACAAAUGGCUUUAGGUCCCUGCUACUUGGCUAGUCAUUGUUUAGACAAUAAAUUUUGCAGCAGCAUCCUGUGCCACUAAGGCUUGCUUCCAAGCAUCUGUGAUGGAGGCAAAGGAAAGUUUGGAAAGUGACACUGUGCAGACUUAAAGAGAGAGCCCAGUGUCUGGUGGUGGUGCUUACCCUGCUCAGUGGUUUACAGCUACCUCAGCAGUUCAUUGUAUUUUCUCAGCUUGAAGAGAUGCUAUAGGGUCUUGGCUCCAGUUUCCAUCCAUUUAAAAUUAGGAGAGAGAGUGCUGCGGGAAGAUCAACCCAACCUUAAAGGGAAGUAGCAUAGUAUCCUUCUUUGUCUGGUAAAAGUUUCAGAUCUAUAGUGGCUGCUUCCUGUAAUUUUAUUUUUCUGGAGUCGGGAAAGAGUAAAGGGCUGAGAUGCACUACCAUGAUAGUGCUACAGUAACCCCCCUCACUCAAAACAUAAACAUAGGAUAAGGGUGCAUCUCCUGCCCUUAGACUUAGGCCAUGAUUAAUUGACCUUGGGCUUGGUAGAAUAAGUAGCCAUGGCUUUUGAUAUUCCUGGCUAUGCCAUCACUGGACCAAUGUUCACUGGCUGUUUCUCAGCCCUGUGCUGUUGUCUCCAACAGCAGUUUGGAGGACUAGAGGGAAAGCCAUGCUAAGGGAACAGCUGGAUAGCUAUUGCAGAAUGUAUUACAGCAUCCCUGUCUCAUACUUUGGACUUCUCUCUUGUGGUGCACUAGCUAAAACUGGGGACAUAAUUGCUCUGAAUAGAAAGUUGCUUUUUUUCCUAGUAAACUAAUUAGAUUAUUAAUGUUUCAGUAUCGCUAGUCAGUAUUAAGAAUGUAUCUUUAACAUGUCUUGAU